AUGUUUGACAAUUCUCAGUAUCCCUACAACUGCUUCAAUUACGAUGGUGAUGACUAUCCGCCCUGUGGCUCUGGCGAGGAGAAGAAGACGGUGUCGCGACCUGCCUACAGUUACAUCGCUUUGAUUGCAAUGGCUAUUCAGCAGAGUCCCGGCAACAGGGUGACGCUCUCCGGAAUCUAUGACUUUAUCACCACCAAAUUUCCCUACUACAGGUCCAACCAAAGAGCAUGGCAGAAUUCAAUCCGCCACAACUUGUCUCUUAACAGCUGCUUCGUUAAGGUACCAAGACUGGAAGGGAACGAGAGGGGGAAAGGAAACUUUUGGACAUUCGCGUCGGGGUGCGAAUCGAUGUUAGAUCUGUUCGAAAACGGCAACUAUCGAAGGAGGAGAAGGAGCGUGAAGAGAUUCCAGAAAUAUCACUCCAACAAAAGCGCCCCGCCGCUGUCUCUCGACCACGGGGCAGCGGACAGCGGGUUGCUGGAAGAUGGGGCGGACGGUUGUCGGACUGGGCUACUGAGCCCUGAAAUAUUCCUCCGGAACGAAAGCCCCAGCAGACAACCUCGGGACACCGGAACGGGACAGAAAGCAGGGUCCGAAAUCAAAUUCAGCAUCGAUUACAUCCUGUCCUCCCCGGACCCUCUACCCGGCCUCCGAGAUCAGAGCAGCUCACAAAGGAACGAGCUGCUCAUAUUGGACGAACAGUUGUGGACAGUGAGCCCGUUUCGCCGUAAGUAACGCCGUUCGCGCGUUAAAUCUGUGCUUUUCAGGAACCGUUCGUCCCCACUUCAGCUCCGAUUGUGCCGUGCACUGUGCCCGCGUGUCUGUUCCGCCAACCACACGAACGCUCCAGUCCCAGACAGACGCGAACCCCUUUGUUAAAUCCUUGGGCUGAGUUUUUUUUUAUAAAGCAUCUCGGCACCGGACAUCAU